AUGCAGUUCCGCGAUCAGGUGGAAGCAUUCCUCGAUGAGUGCCUCGCCGCUCUGCCCGAGGCCCCCAGAGACGUCGUCGCCGUCGGUCACUCGCUGGGCGGCGGCGUGCUGUUACUGACGCAGGCUUUCGCUAAGCGAAAGCGUUUUUCCCGCAUGCUAAUUUUCGAGCCGAUGUGGCUCUUCGUGAACCCAUCCCUGCACAAGUUGAUCAAUCUGCCUGUGAUGCCUCCGAGCAACACAAGGCUCGAGCCGGACGUGGUGGCGCAAGCCUUCCGCCGCCGCAGCGAAUGGCCGAGCCGCGCCGAAGCAGGCGAGAAGCUGUCCAGAAAGGACUUCUUCGCUUCCUGGGACAAGCGCGUGUUCCAAGCGUACCUGGAUGGCGGCCUGAAAGGCAACGAGCCCUGUUCACUGGCAUGCUCGCCGCAGACGGAGGCAAAUCUCUUCCUCAGCGGAGUGCCCCAGGCUCUUCUCGAUGUGCUGCGCCGAGGAGACGGUUUGCACGGCUGUGAGCUGCAUGUCUCCAUCGGCACGGACACGAUGUGGACCCGCGUUGCCGCGGACGAGCUUUUCGGCUCCCUGCGACCAGCGCCGUGUGUGGAGGUGGAGCCCGGCGGUCACAUGUGGCCGAUGGAGCGUCCGAAGGACUUUGCCCGCCGUGCCGCGGCGGUGCUGUCGACUCGGUGCAGUCAGAUGGGUACAUCCUUCUACAACAUACACCCAUGCAAGCGCUGCAUCCGACGACUUGAGCGCGAUGCGAGAAUGGGUCGAACUGGACGCGCAGUUACCAUCUACAUUCCAGAUGAGUAUGCGAAGGUGAAGCUGCUUGGCCGCGAGUGUUGCAGCAAGGUCCAGUCGAAGGUCCUUCGUCGCAGCAUCGCCGCGGAGGCCAUCCAGCAUUGGGCAGACAAGAUUGCCGCCUUCGAGGAGGACAUCAACGUCAUCAUCCAGGAGGAAUCCGUGGACAAGGAGCUGCGGCUUGCGGACUUGCUCGCGCAGAAGUCGGACAACCUUGAGAAGCACAAGAAGAACAUUGCCGCCCGGCCGGCCAAAGAAUGGUACAUGUCGAACAAGGACAAGGCCAAACUCCGGCAGAGCGAAAGGCAAAGCCUCGAGGAAGCCGAGGCCAAGGCUUUGGCCAAGGACGAGGAGGAAAAAGAGCCCAAGAAGAGGAAAGGGCCUUUGACUGAGGAGGAGGUCCAGGAACGACGCGCCCAGCGCAACAGGGCGCGCCUUAAAGCCAAGAGAGAGGCGGAGAAGGCGGAGCGCGAGCGAGAGCAGCUCCGCGCCCGGGCGUCCGCGAAGCGCAGCCGCCGAGUGCAGCGGGACGCAGAGGAGUUCCCGUUGACGAUCGGCGAGCGCAUCUUCAAGCAGAAGAUGGAGAGGCGGAAGAAGAAGGGCAGCAAAGGAAAAGCGGCGAAGAAGAGCAAAGCGCGCUGCCGAUCGCAGCAUGUGGAGCUGCAUGCGGCGUGGCAGUGGGGGCGCAAAUGCGAGCACUUCGUGAUCCUUUGCCCCGGCUUGGGUCAUGAGUCCGGAGAGAUUCUGUGUCAAAAAACAUGGGAAGAGCGCGGGUGGUGCCGGGCAGAGCGCACAGCGCGAAAGCUCGCACUGAACGGGGGUCCAGUGAUCGUGAUCGAGAGCGAAACAUCGCAGUUGUUCCUGACAGAAAUAGCGACUUGCGAGCCACCAGUAGCAGAAGGACGGUUCUCAGUGGAUUUGGACCGGAAGAGAGUUGCCAACAUUGUUUUGCAGCUGAUCCGCCGCAGAUUGUUGCUGCUUUUGGAGCAGAACAACUUGACGGAAUACAGGUUCCUCUACAACCAGCAGUCCCUUCUUCUGAAGGGCUCAGGUGUGGAUUGCGUCGAGCUCGGUAUCCCGGGGUUUUCCCCUGAGUCAUUCCCUGAUCCGGAAGAACUACUGAUGGCAAAGUUCAUGCACCAAAACGGCUUUAGCAGCCUCAAACAGAGAGAUGCAGCAGGUUGGUCGCCGAUGUGCUACGCUGCCAUGAGCGGCAAUGCCAGCCUGGUGUCCGCGUUGCUUCGCCGAAAUGCUGACGCAAACGACCGGAUUCGCAAAGCCAAGCCCCAAGUCUUCUUCUCCAAGAACAUGCACGCCAUUGCCAUAGCUGCAUGCUUUAGGAGCAACGAGGUGAUCAAGGUGCUGCUGGCUGCCCAUGCCAAGGUGGAUGCAAAAGAUGGUCACAAGCACACGGCCUUGCAUUGGUCGGCUGGUUCGAACGAUGCCGAGACCGUUCGCCUUCUAGUCAAUGGGGGAGCGGACCACACCUUGAAGCAGAACUUGGGCGUGAGCGUACUGCAGCUGGCAUGUUUCAACUGUUCAGGCAACGCCGUGAGGGAGCUUCUGCGGCUUCGCCCGAAGCAGAAUGUCGAGCAAUGCUUUCACUACAGCUUCAUGCUCUUUGCAGGUUCCAGUGAGUUGGUGCAGAUCUUGCUCGAUGCGAAAGCAGACAUGAACGAACAGUUGGACUUUGCGAAGACCAAGGCUUGGCCAAUGUGGCUGCUUUGCAACUUCUCGGGCUGGAAGUACAAACGUGGGCUCUCACGCACCAGGCUAUGCAGGAUGGGCUACCAUCACCACCUAGCCACGCCCCUGAUGUUCACCGUCCUAGGGGGGGCAGCUGACGCCGCAUGGACUCUCCUGACAGCCGGAGCCCGUCGCGAUCUCAAGAAUUCCCGCGGCAAGACCGCCUUUGACCUGGCCUUCGAGUUCGGCACCAACCCAGAAUUGGUCGCGGCCCUCGACCCCGACUCAAAGUUGCCCAAGGCUUUUCCAGAGCCUUCUGAGGAGGACGAGGAGGAGGUGCCAGUCGAGGUGCGGGGCAAGGUGCCGCAAGGUGAAGCAAAAGCACCCCCGGCCAAUGCAGGUUCCGUGCAGCACAUGCCGGUGCGGCAGACGUUGCGCGGGCGCAGCCGGCCGCCGCUACGGUUCAGCCAGUUCACUGGGACGGUGCAAGUUUCUCCGGGUGAUUCUUUUGAGUGGAGCGUUUUGGGGCAGUUUCUCGACUGCUGUGGCUUGCCUGCAAAUGCCUUCUCCAAGAACAAACGGACAAGCAGGUUUAUCUUGCUUGCUGGCCAAAGGGGCAGGCAAAAGUACCGGCCCAGUGCCACAGGAAAGGUGGAAAAGCCUGGACGUCGACUUUGGGAGAGUGACUCCGACGACAGUGCCGACGACGAUGUCGAUAAAAGUGAUGACCGGGCUGUUUGUGCGCAGCAGUUUGGAUACCAAGAUGACACAACCAUCAAGACGAGCGGUAUGGCGGCAGGCGACCCCAAGUCGAAGCUGAACGAGUUCCUUAUGAAGUACUGCGGGCGACCUGUGACGAAGCAAGAUGCGGUGUACAUAGUGAGCCGAUUCCGCCACAACGAGUACCAGUGCGUCGUGAAGCUGGAGUGCAUGGAUGGAGCUGAGUAUGCCGGCGAGGUUUGCGCAGAUGCCAAGGCCGCCGAAAAGUCUGCGGCAGAGCAGGUCCUGGUUGGCAACCAAGAACUCGUGGAAGCCACGUUGCAGGGCACUGGGGGCCAGAAGCGGAAAGCUUCCUCGGCUUUGAGCCCUGCUGAGAAGCGGGCGAAGGCUGACCAGGACCCAGCCGACAAUCCUGCGAUAACUCCGAAGACGCAGCUGAACAGCCUCGUCAUGAGGAUCAUCAAGAGAUAUCUGCAGAAGGGUGAGACCGUCUACGACACCAAGCAGGUCCAGGGCCUCUACCAGAGCACUGUCACGCUUGCCGCAUUGCCGGGCGAGUGGGGCGAGCGGGCCUGGGCUGGGCACCUGUGCCCGACGAAGCAGAAAGCGGAGCAGAGUGCAGCGGAUGAGGCGCUGAAGGAUCUGCAGCAGGAUGAAGAGAUGCAAGCAGAGGCCUCAAAGCCCAAAGGUGCCGGGAAGAAGGGCAAAGGGAAAGGGAAGUUUGGACCCACGGGCGGUGGAUGGGAAAUGGGAUUCUUCGACCAUGUCAUGUUGGGCGCCUGGGGCUGGUCUCCCAUGAGCAAAGGCAAGGGAAAGGGCUUUGGCGCUACUGAAAGAAGGAUUCCUGGCAGAGAUCGCAUCACAGACGCCCCAUGUGUUGGCACCGUGGUCGAGUGGCACGGGCAGCAUGGCUUUCUCGAAGCCGCCCUGCCCAUUGAUCACCCCAUGGCCAACUCUCGCGGUGGCAAGAUCUUCAUCCACCAGCGAGAUCUCCCGGAAGGUGUUGAGAGCCUCCUUGAGGGUCAGCCAUUGAGCUUCCAUGUCUUCACCGACUCGAGCGGGUUGGGCGCCGAAGAGGUGGUGAUUGCUUGA